AUGGCGAAAGAAGAUAUGUUCAAGGGAGUGCUUUAUGUACUGAAUGUAAUUUACGCGAUAUUCGGUCUCGUAAGCGCCGCGACCGGUAUUUGGUUUUUCGUGCAGCUACAAGAGUUUGUAUCAUUGAGAAACACAAACCACUAUCUCUUGGACUACAGAGUGUAUUGGCCGCAAGUGGUACCAUGGCUCUUCAUAUUAUUGGGACUGUUUAUUAUGAUCAUCGCUUUCUGUGGAUGGUGUGGCUCGAAUAAAGAAAGCAGAGGAUUACUUGGGAUGUAUAGUAUAUUCAUGAUCCUGAUUGUUUUGGGACAAGUGAUUACAGCAACACUGAUAUUUAUUUUUGUCGAUGGAGAACAUACUGACAGAUUCAUUAAGGAUACAGUGUAUGACGGUUAUUAUAACUCACAGUCUAACCCUGACGUCUUCAAGUCAUUUGGAAGGAUUGAACGCAAAUUAAAAUGCUGUGGUGCCAACGACGCUCGUGAUUACAGAAGCUGGAGGAACGACCUACCUCUUACCUGUUGUUUGGACAGCUAUUAUCGAGCUACCUGUGAAUUCACUGAUAAGGAGGCCAAUGAACGUUUGGGAUGUGCCAAAGUUGCGUCUGUUUACACUAAAAUUAUCAGCUCAUCUAUUGCUGGCGCAUCUCUAAUUAUGUCUCUAGUGGAGAUAACCGGAAUAAUUCUUGCUUGGAAGUUGUUCAAAUCUUUGGAGGAGGUAGAGCAUUAUAUUACGGAAAGAAAGGAGGGAGAGACCGAGUGU